AUGUGGGUUCUUUUUACGCUCUUCCUCCUGGUCAACGGAUGCCUAUCAGGAUUGCAGACACGCUAUUUGAAUAUAGAGUGCGACGUGUUGGAUCCAGCCUAUGUAAAUCUCAGUCUGCAUCGGAAAUUUAAUGGAUAUCGUCCUUUUAUGUUCAACCACACUUAUGAUUAUUGCAAGUUCAUGGCCAAGGGCAAUAAUAAAUUGUCUUUUACAAGGAUCAUCAAUGAUCUUUUAGCCAUAUAUUCGAACUUAAAUCACUCGUGUCCUUUUGAGCAUCCUAUAAUUGUGAAAGAUAUGGUAGCUACAACAAAAGAUUUCCAAUUUGUACCGCUGCCGACCGGUGAUUAUAAAGUUCAAGUUUUGGUGGCCAUAGACAAUGAAUGGAGAACAAAUAUAAAAGUAUAUUUACAGUGGAUCUUGGACUAA